CGACCUCCUGAGAGCAAAUACAAAAUGGCAAAACUUGGAAAACAUUCGAAAGAAAUAAAAACUUACUUCAUUGCCUUUGGAUGCAUCAGCAGACACAACGCAUUUCACGUACCAGGAGCAUGUCUCAUCCCCGGCACGAACACAGGGCUCCUGAUAUCUAACAAACAUGCUGGUUGUUUCAUUUGUUGCCAUGGGUUACGAAAGUUACCGAUGCGUGACCAAAAAGCUACCAGGACGGUCGCAUGCAAACGACAUUCGGGCGAUACAGCACAGUAGACAGUAGUCAGUCGAUAUAGGCCAUACGGUGUGCACCGGGACAGGAUCCUUACUCAACCGGAUUCAGUGUCAAUCCUUUUUGUCAUUCUAGUGAUUGAAGUGAAGUAGGUAAGGUCGGCGUCGGCAAAACUGUGCAGAAACAGUGUGGUUGGAUUGGAAAGUGAUUCAUUAAGUGAAGGUUACUGUGAAAAGUGGUCAAGUGAUUUUGGAUGCUUAAAGCAAUCCUACAGCAGCUGGUCCUGUUACUUCCCACGUUUAGCACUAACGCGACUGAGGUGCUGUGCCGUGCACUGCUAACAUCGGUGAUUUGAAAUUGAUUGGCCAUUACAUUCUUUGCUCGUGCACGGCAAAUACACAGUGAUAAGCCGAACCGUCCCUGGACAAUGUAUUCUAGCACCGGAAUACCGGACGACGGUGGAGCAUUGUUCACUGUCGAUCAUAAUCCACGUGCCAGCUAUCGGCGAGAGUUUGAGGAGAUGGAAAAUCGCAUACGCCGAUGUGAACGACAGCGUGCCGAGCUGGAGCGACAGUUUGAGGAUUUAAUGCGUGAACGAGCGGACUGCGAAAAGGCUGCCGUGCGGGCAAUGAGACAACGGCAACGACGCCAGAUGGAGGCAGAAAGGCAACGGGCCGAGCGUAACGAGAGCAUUCUUCGGAUGCUGAACAAAAUCGAUUUGCAGGCGGCAUCGUUGGCGGCCAAAACGGAUCGUCUGAAGAUGUUGAAGACUCAGUACGAGAUGUAUCUGAUGCGUACCUGGUCGACAGCAUCCCAAGCCCUGCCAGCGUACAGUGUUCCGAUGCUAACCGCACCACCGGUUCCGGUUCCGAAACCACCUCCCCAGAGUCCUCCGCGGUCCGAAUUCGUUCAAUAUCUUACCGAUUUGACGCAUCAACAAACGGCCAGCCUUAGUGCCAUUCCACCUCCGACAGCUUUAAGUAACUAUCUUGCCUCUCAGCAGAAACCAUUCGCAUUGACACCUUCCCAUGGUGCUCCCUUAGAACGUCCAUAUUCAAGAGCGCUUAAUAGUAACGCUAGCUUACAGGACGAUAUAGCAACGAUCAACUACGGGGCUAGUUCAACGCCGAUGGGUGGUACAAGGGCCAGCAAGUUUGAAAUGUCAAACGAAGACUUUAUCCGGUAUAUUGACAGUGAGGUACUGAAGGAGCCGAUACCGAAGGUUAGCAUUGUUGCUCCUUCGCCGGUGGCUGAGGUGGCUGAAGUGAAACAGACUGGUGGAGCUUACCUUGAGGAUGCAACGAUGAGUGAGGAUGAACCGGUCGGAGAACUAGCGAGCAAGCUGCAGGAGUUUAGCAUGAUGGUUGCUGAUGCUGAGAAUAAGAAUUCUACAAAGGCGCAGGCACAAGACGACAUCCAACAGUUGGAUGAGGUGAUGGAAAGUGAUAAGAAGCUGGAUGCUCAAGAAGCUCAAGAAGAAAAAGAGGAUCGACGCUUCGAAGCAGCAUCAGUGGAUGAAACAUUUGAAGAUGAUCGCGUGACAGAUGUUACGACUAACUCCAAAGAAUAUCAUUACAAUCAAAGGGAAAAGCAAGAUGAUCAAUUUGAUCCGAAGGUCCAGGAUAAUGUGGUAGCUCAGGAAACGAAGAUUCCUUACGACGUAGAAGAGUAUCAGCCUGACAAGGAAAGUCCACGUGAUUUACACGCUGCAAUCCCACAAGAAGAGCAAAUUACAAAUGAUGAAGUGACGUACGAACCAUCUGACGCCAAUCUGAAUUAUCUUGAAGGAGCUCCUCAGAUGGACCAAAAUGUGUACAACCCGGUACAAUCAGAAGACCCGCCAUAUAACAACCAACAGUAUGGUGCUUCGAGUGAAGCAAUGCAGUCAGCUCUUACUCCAGAAGUGACUAGUGAGCAGCAGCAGCAACCGAUACAGCAAUUUGAAGGAAGAAACCAACACUGGACCACUGCACGACAGGCGUUACGAUCGAAAGCAUUCCCUGGAGUAUCGUCUAAGCCACCGUCCCCUGAAACGGAUCAAGCUGAGCAAGGGUAUGCAGAGGGUAUACAGAACGAAGCUACUGAGAUCGAAGAACCCGCCAACGAGGAUCAAACUGCCGUGCAGAGUGCUGUUCCAGAAAGUGAUCCACCAAACACUGAGUAUCCUAUGUAUUCUACAGAGUCGAACGAUCCUUACUACCAAACCGAUCAAUCUGCAGAACAAAUGCAAACAGCUCAAACCACCUCAGACCAAGGAUAUCAUAAUGAUGCGAUGGGUCAACCGGUAGAAUAUCAACAGCAUGAUGGGCAACAAUCGGUAGCCUAUCAGUACGUGACCAAUCAGGAGGGACAGUACGCCGACGGGACGGACGGUGAACAAGCGCAGUAUCAGUACCAGGAAGCUACCGAUCCGACGGCAAGCUCCUAUGCGACUCAGGAAGGAUAUCAGGCGGACCCGAACCAGCAGUAUCAGUAUGAUGAGAACGCGCAGUACUACAACGAUCAGCAAGCUUACGACGCACAGUACUACAGUCAAGAUCCACAGCAGCAGCAGCAGCAGCAGCAGUACUACAUGGAUGAGUCCAAUCAACAGGUGGAAGGACAGUAUGAGCAACCGCAAGAGCAGCCAGCCGAACAAUAUCCCACGACCACAGAACCGAACGGUGAUCAAACGGCGUACUAUCCUCCCGAUGGACAGUACGAACAAUCGACACUUGCUAAUCCCGAGCACAUGGAACCAGCACCAGCUAGUACUGCUGCCAGUAUUCCUGGCGACACUCAAUUAGUUGCGGAACAAAAGAAGCCAGUUGAGCCUGCGGCCGUUAUCGAGCCCACGAUGGUGCAAGAUAAACAAGAGCAGAAAGCUACCGACGUUUCACCACCGGCCCAGACCACCGAUGAGCAGAGGCUGGCCAAGAAGGAAGGGGAUCCGGGAUCGGAUGUGCCAACGCUAAGCACCGUGAACGAUGAGAGUGAUUUCGAUUUCUCCUCCCAGUGAUAAGCGCACACUGUUUGCUGAUCGCACGUUCAAUGCGCGAGACCUACUCUAUGUCUCGCGCAUUGUUCCGUAGAGUCUCG